AUGACGUCUUCAUCGUCUUUACCGCCGUUGACAACAGCCGUGGUACCGAUAGCGAAUGUUGAAACAAAUACUGAUGAUAAUAAUAAACAAUAUUUAUGUUUAUUUUCUCUUAUUACCGCUGGAUUAUUAGACGAAGAUAUGGGUUCUGAUGAACAGGAAAUUAUCGAAAUGAUUUAUCUUAUUAUUGAUACAGAACAAAGAAAAAUGGUGAACUUGUAUAGGCAAUAUAUACGACCAUCAUUUAUAGAUACUUUGAAUGAUGAAUGCAAACAAGCAAGUGGAAUUGAUGAUACAUUAUUAUUUUUAUCAGAACUUGAUCUUAAUGAAGCAUUGAAAAAAUUUGAUACUUUCUUGCGUGAUCGUUGUCUACAUCCAGAUUUUGGUAUUAAUUUAACAUUUGUUUGUGAGAAUUGUCUUCCUUUACGUCAAUGUCUUCAUCCGGAAAGUGUUAAAAAAUUAACAAUACCAUUACCAAGUUAUUAUUGGUCUUAUUUUGAUUUAAGACAUGAAUUUCAAUAUAUGUAUAAAACAACUGAAUGUUACAAUACAAAUACAAUGCUUGAAAAUUUGUCAAUUUCUUCAAUAGAUGAAAUUGACUAUUGUAUGCGACAUGUUAGACAUAUGGAAUUAAUUGUUUAUCAAAUGUUGAAUGAUGGUUAUCGUUUCGAGAAACCUGAACAGAUAAUGGUUAAUUUACAACAAGGCAUAUGUUCAUUAGAAGAUAAUAUUGAAGACACUACAGUCGUUCGAGCUCGUGGUUUACCAUGGCAAUGUACUGAUCAAGAUGUAGCCAAAUUUUUUCGUGGUCUUGAUAUAGAAAAGGGUGGUGUUGCUUUGUGUCUUAGUAGUCAAGGUCGUCGUAAUGGUGAAGCAUUAAUUCGUUUUGCAUCAACUGAACAUCGAGAAUUAGCUCUUCGUCGACAUAAACAUCAUAUUGGACAACGUUAUAUUGAAGUAUAUAAAGCAUCAGGGCGCGAUUUUCUCAAUGUUGCUGGAGGAUCCAAUUCAGAAGCUCAAGCAUUUUUACAACGCGAUGGCCAAAUUAUUAUUCGUAUGCGUGGUUUACCAUUUGAUGCUACUGCUAAAGAUGUGAUCGAAUUUUUUACUCGUGGUGACAUACCAACACAUAUUGUUGAUGGUGAAGAAGGUGUUCUAUUUGUUCAUUAUCCUGAUGGACGAAGUACUGGUGAUGCUUUUGUUAUGCUCAAAACAGAAAAUGAAGCAGCACAAGCAUUACUUAAACAUAAAGAUAUUAUGGGUACACGAUAUAUUGAACUAUUUCGUAGUACAACAGCUGAAGUACAACAGGUAUUUCGUCGAAGUCAAGAUCCAAAAAAUUUUCAAACAUCAUUAAAAGAUAUUCCAUUUGCACCAUUACCGAUGUUACCACCAGAAAUGUUAAGCGGUGGAAAUAAAAAAGAUUGCAUUCGUGUUCGAAAUUUACCUGUAGAAUGUGGUAUUGAACAAAUAUUAGAAUUUCUUGGAGUUCAUUCACAACAUAUUGUAGCACAAGGUGUUCAUAUGGUUUAUAAUGCACAUGGUCAACCAUCAGGUGAAGCAUUUAUACAAAUGAAUUCAGAAGCAGCUUCAUUCAAUGCAGCAGCACAUAAAAAUAAUAAAUAUUUAUUUUUCAAUGGUAAAAAAAGAUAUAUUGAAGUAAUUCAAUGCUCAGGUGAAGAUAUGAAUCAAAUUUUACUUGGCCUUGUUCCAUCGAAUUUGAUUCCACAUAAUGUUCAACGUCAACCAAUGUUUUCUCCUCAUCGAGCUGGACCACUCGUACCAAUAGCUACUAUUGCACCACAAAUGCUUCCACCAACAAUGCCUAUUUCUCUUGCUGCGCCAUCUCAAACAACAUCUGUAUCUAAUACUUCUCUUACAUCAUGUCAAUCUGCAACUUCAUCUGCUUCGGUCGUUACUGGUCCAAUAACAACAACUGCUAUGAAUGGACUUCAUCCGAAUGCAACUUAUUAUCCUAUGCAAGUUUUUUAUUAUCCUACGCCACCCCUAUCUCCAUCAAUCUAUUUACAAACUGGACAAAUGCAUCCAGGACCUGUUACACUUGUUCUACGAGGAGACAAUACCCAAUAUUAA